UGUGACCUUCUUCACCUCAGCAGCCAUUAUGUAUUCUCAUCCAGCACUGCUACAGUUCCCUCUAAUGUCCACCGACGCCUUCUACUCGACCGCUUUUCCAACAAUCCCGGGAACUCCGAAUCUUUUGGGAUACACUGCGUACAGUCCACAGUCGAUCUUCAAUGAUUCCCGGCCGGCUUCUUCGGUAAAUAACACUCCAUCCACAUCGUUCAAUAGCUCAAUUCAUUCCAGAAAUCGGUCGAUUGCAAUGCUCCAUUCAAUAUCGCACAUCCUUUCCAAUGACGACUCGCUGGGCUCGACAACGGAGAGCAGUACACCGAGCACGCCGGAAAUUCAUCCGAGCAAUGCACCUGCAAAGAAGACGAUUCCACUUGUGUUGAUAUCGGAUACCGAUGAGGAAUGUGACAAGAAAAGCAGAAAACGGAGGAUUCGCUCGAAAUCUUCGAAGAAGUCUCGCGGGAUCCGUAAGAGCAGGAAACACGAAGCAUCAGACUACCGAAAGAAGAUUAUGCUGGGAACUUUUGAAGGCAGAAAAAUCGUGCUGAAGCUGAUGAAAUAAUUUUAACACCCUCACCCCCUCAUAUGCAUCCUACAAAGCUGAAUAGUCGCUUAUUUUUUAUGUAUAUCGUUUAUUUAUUUUUAGUUUAUUAUUGACUCUGUUAACCCCAAUAUAAGCUGGAUAUUUAUAGUUUAAACGUCAAAUUCAAAUAAAAUUAACUUUUU